AUGCUGGUCACUCUCGCUCGGAGCUGGGUUUGUCGGAAGACCUGUCACCCCAUGGAAAUCCUCGAGAAGUCUCGGCUUGACCAGGAGCUAAAGCUGAUUGGUGAGUACAGGCUCCGCAACAAGCAUGAGGUCUGGAGGGUCAAGUUCACUCUGGCCAAGAUCCGUAAAGCCGCCCAGGAGUUGCUGACGCUGGAUGAGAAGGACCAGUGGCGUCUUCUGCUGCGGCGGCUGGUCUGCAUUGGGGUGCUGGACGAGGGCAAGAUGAAGCUGGAUUACACCCUGGGUCUGAAGAUCGAAGACUUUCUGGAGAGGUACCUGCAGACCCAGGUGUCCAAGCUGGGCCUGGCCAAGUGCAUCCACCACGCCCGAGUGCUGAUCCGACAGUGCCAUAUGAGUGUCCGCAAGCAGGUGGUGAACACCCCAUCCUUCAUCAUCCGCCUGGACUCUCAGAACUACAUGGACUUCUCCCUCCACUCACCUUACAGAGGAGGACCCCCAGGCCGCAUGAAGAGGAAGAAUGCCAAGAAGGGCCAGGGCGGGGCUGGAGCUGGUGAGGAUGAAGAGGAGGAUUAAGCCCACCCAGCCCCUCCGGGGUCUAGUUUCCCAAUCAAAUAAUAAAAAU